UGUCCAUUUUGCAAGGGUUUACAGCAUACUUGCCAGGCACCCGCUAAAUUUGCAGAGAAACAGCGUAACCGUUGAAGCCUGUCAGGGAUUGUAACGUGUUACCGUUAUGCAAUGAACUAAUGCGUUAUCUCGUCACGUAAACGUUAACAGCCGUAGCCUCGUCAAGAUAAACAACUCGGUGAAUCAUGGAGUGUGCUAUUUGUAUGGAGAAGCUGGACACCGUCGAUCGACGUCCGAAGGCUUUACCCUGUGGUCACACAGUGUGCCUGAAUUGCUUGAAGGGCGCUGCAUCUCUAACGUGUCCGCAUUGCCGCAAGGUUUUCCCCGGUCCGCCUGAGGCGCUGCCCGACAAUUUCUUCUUGCUGGGAUUGAUAGAGGAGCGGUGCCAUCAAGAUCAGAGGUUCUGGUGCCGGGACUGCGGCCAGGCUGCCACCGAGGACUGCGUGGACCUGCCCCACUCCGUGUGCUCCCUGCGCAAGCUGCGCGCGGAGCAGGCGGCCGCCAAGCUGGAGCGGCUCAGGAGCGGCGCGUCGGCGGCGCGGAGGCUGAUGCAGGCCCUCGUCGACACCCAGCAGGCCGUGCAGGCCCAGCUGGACGAGCUGCAGGCCAGGCUGCACGUGGUGGAGGAGGCCGAGAGGGAGCUCCGCGCGGCGGCGGACAAGGGCCGCGCCGUGGAGGCCGCCGAACCGGCGGGUCUGGAGCAGCUGCUGGAAGAGGCCAGCCUCCUGCAGGCCGGCUGGGGGCUGCAGCUCAGGAAGGACGGCGCCGACUGGAAGGGCGAACAGCGGCUAGGUGGCGGUGCCAGGACUCUGCUCUGCCCGCUUGUGCUGCACCUGCAACGCGAAGGCGGCGGCGCCGAGGUCGGCGGACCGCAGGUGACUGCAGACGAGGUUGCCUUCCGUCGCAAUGAGUGUCUGCACGUCAAGGACUACUGCACGAGGGAGGACCACGGCCACCUGGACGAGGUGCUGCAUGACCCUGGCUUGAGCGAGGUCAAGAAGGUGCUCGGGAUGGACUGCGAGCGGCGCCCGCACUGGUGCAAGCUGCUGCUGGAGCGGGUGGCCCCGCGCGUGCAGCGGCUGUGGGUGCGCAAGGCCAACCGGGAGCACCUCCUGGUCAUCAAGGACAUGCCCGAGCUGCGCUACCUGUACGUCCACAACGCCAAGCUGGGUGCGGAGGCCCCGGACCUGCCACGCCAGCUGCAGGACUUGACCGUCGUGAACGUCCGUCGGCAGCACCUGGAGUCGGUCCAGCGCAUGGCGGGGCUGCGCAAGCUGGCCCUGGAGUGGACGCACGCGCCGCUCGACGUGGCCUUCCCGCCCCUGCCGGCCGGCCACUGUGGCGUGCAGUGGCUGUGCGUCUCGCUGCGGCCCCUGUCCACCGUCACGUCACUGGCCAAAGCCCACGCCGCCACGCUGCAGGAGCUGAGGGUGCUGUGCGCGUCGGAGGGCAGCACGUCGUGGCACUUCGCCGACCUGGCCGAGGGGCUGGGGGGAUGCGGACUGACUGCGCUGCGACGCGUGGUGCUGCGCCGUGGGGAGGCGCCCGGCUUCCCCGACAACAAGCUGCCUCACCGGGAGGAGUCCUGCCGAAGGCAGAAGCAGGCCAUCUGGGCCAGCCUGCUGGAGGCCGACGGGAGGCCCUCCAGGGUGGUGACGGUGUUGUGCGCGGAGUGCGACAAGUGUCCUGCGUUCCCUCCUCUGGGAAAGUUCACCUGGGUCGACGACUGAGUGACCUGCUCGGACAAACUUCACCUGUGUCGACAUUUGAUCGCGGACGAGUGGAUUAGUGUGGCGGAUGGCCAAUCUUUAGUUCUAUACUCUUCUUCACAAAUCUUCUCAAGAGAGGUGUUAAAGAAUGAGUCCGGUGACUUCAGAUGGAAUUAAGAUUGUAAGAAAAGAGCGUUUCGCGUUUGUUAUUUCUCUAAUGUACAUUUUUUUCCAAAUUUAUUUGAUUAUUGCUUAUGAAGUUCAGACUUACCCGACUACGGCGUUAGCAAACCUGUAUCCUUAAUGUGGCUUUGCUUUUGCGUUCUAUUCUAAUCAAUAAAUUUCAAGUUCAAACUCA